UGAUCACAAGACUUCAGCAUUGACCCCGUGCUGGGUCUCGAUCACAUGUGAAAGUCUUCCGUCUGUCAGCUUUAAUCAUUGUAGGAUAGCCUUCCACCGCCUGCACGCUCACUCACUUUUAGUCUUCUGGACAACCCGCCACGCCCGCACUCCGCUGAGCCUCGGCCUCUCCACUCCGAAGGGUCCAUUUCAUAAACCGACCUUGUGCAGCUUCACGCGGCUUAUUUCCAGGCUUGCUCUUCCUUUCGCCGUUGUUGACUCCUUUCAUCCAUCCAAGAGCUCCUGCACUCUACAGUCGACAGCCCCAAUAUGCCUCCAAGAGUCGUUGUCGUCGGCGCUGGCCUCUCCGGCUUGAGCGCGGCCCAUACCAUCUACCUGGCUGGUGGUAAUGUCGUGCUCCUCGACAAGAACAACUUCAUGGGUGGCAACUCCACCAAGGCAACCUCGGGCAUCAACGGCGCUCUCACCAGAACACAGGUCGACGAGAAGAUCGCCGACAGCGUCAAGCAGUUUUAUGAGGACACACUUAAGUCUGCGCGUGACAAGGCACGACCGGACCUCAUCAAGGUUCUUACAUACAAGUCUGCUGCGGCCGUGGAGUGGCUGCAGGACGUCUUCAACCUAGAUCUUACACUGGUCUCACGGUUAGGCGGCCACUCCUUCCCGCGUACCCACCGUGGCCAUGAUGCCAAAUUCCCAGGUAUGGCUAUCACCUACGCUCUUAUGCAGCGCUUCGAAGAGCUAGCAGCAAAGGAGCCAGAACGAGUGCAGCUCAUCAAGAAGGCCAAGGUGACGAAAGUUAACAAGAACGGCAACAGCGUGACCGGCGUAACGUACCUUUUCAACGGCGAAGAGACUGUCGUAGAAGGCCCGGUUGUGCUGGCAACCGGUGGCUACGCCGCUGACUUCACGGAGACAAGCUUGCUCAAGAAGUGGCGACCAGACACCUUCGACUUGUCAACCACCAACGGCGCACACGCUACCGGCGACGGCCACAAGAUGCUUAUGAGCAUAGGCGCGAACGGCAUUGAUAUGGACAAGGUACAGGUGCACCCUACUGGUCUCGUUGAUCCCAAGGACCCUACCGCCAAGACAAAGUUCCUCGCUGCCGAGGCUCUUCGUGGUGAAGGCGGUCUGCUGCUCAACAGCAAGGGCCAGCGUUUCACCGACGAGCUUGAGCACCGUGAUUACGUCUCGAACAAGAUGUGGGAGGAGAAGAAGAAGGACCUCUGGCCCAUCCGUCUCGUGCUGAACAGCAAAGCUUCCAAUGUCCUCGACUUUCACACUCGCCACUACUCCGGCAGAGGCCUGAUGAAGAAGAUGACCGGCAAGGAGUUGGCCAAGGAUAUUGGCUGCUCUGAGCAGGAUCUGAGCAAGACUUUCCAAGACUACAACCGAUACGCCAACGGUGAGGAGAAGGACCCAUUCGGCAAGAAGUACUACCAUAACGGCCCGGUGGAGAUCAACGACACAUUUUACGUCGCGCUCAUGGAGCCAGUGCUCCACUUCACCAUGGGUGGUAUCGAAAUCAACGACCAAGCGCAAUGUCUCAACAGCGAAGGCAAGCCGUUUGACGGCCUCUUCGUCUGCGGUGAGCUGGCUGGUGGUGUGCACGGCGCAAACCGUCUCGGCGGCUCGUCGCUUCUCGGCUGCGUCGUUUACGGUCGCGUAGCUGGCGAAAGCUCAAGCAAGUAUCUCUUCCAGAAGGUCCUCAACGGUGGUGCAAGCACCGCGGCACAGCGUCUCGGCCAGAUUAGCCUACAUAUCGACCCAUCACAACCCGGCAAGGUGUCUGUCGAGUGGUCCCAGGGCGCCGGUGCAAGCAGCACCGAUGAGUCGCGUCAAAGAGAGCAAAGCCAGCAGUCUGCCGCACCAGUCAUGUCGAAAGAUGGCGACAGCAAUGACCCGGGUAAGGUCUCCCAACCGAACGAUAUCAAGGACUUCAAGGUACCGGACGACGAGUACACGCUUGAGGAGGUUGCGAAGCACAACAAGAAGGAGGAUUUGUGGAUCGCGGUCAAGGGCGUGGUCAUGAACGUCACGGACUGGGUGGAGGAGCACCCCGGCGGACCUCAGGCGCUCUUCAGCCAUAUGGGCAAGGAUGCGAGCGAGGAGUUUGAGAUGCUGCACGACGAUGAGGUCAUUCCCAAGUACGCAGCGGGUAUUGUCAUUGGCAGAGUGAAGGGUCAGGAGGUGAGGUUGGAGUACUAGGUAAUCGGGCGUAUUCUAGGUCCAUUUGCUGAAUAAUGCUUUUGCUAAACUCUGAACCAUGAAGUCGUGCA